AUGUCCGCGCACUCCAUCGCUAGUAUAGUAUUGGCUGUCGUGAUUAAUAAAGAGACGGCAACUAAGUCAGCCUUCACCACCCUGGUGGUGAGUGCCAUGGAUCCUCAGAACACCGGCGGCCACAACCUGGUGGUGAAGAGAUGCCCAUGGACUCUUACAGCACCAGAGAUUAGGCGUAUUUUCAACCACUGGGGGUGUGCCGUGGGCUACCACAACCCCAUUCGCUGGACGCAACCCAAAUCUAUGAAUACAUUGACUUCAACCAAGGAUUAUGGUAGUGCUACCAACUGUAAAAGAAAAAAAGUAGAAUAUGAUUUAAAAAAC